GAACAAUCAGGAGGUGACAAGGAAUGGGCAGGCCAUAUUACAUUCAUUGUAACUAUGUUCUGUGAUUUUACACAGAGGUCAGUACUUAGACAAGUGCCGAGAUCAACAGCAUCACUGACAUCAAACAUAGAAUCUUUACAGGGGUGAGAAAAAACUCUCUUUAUAUAUUAUAUGUCUAUUAAAAUAAACUGGCAUUUUAUUAAUUCCUGUCUGCAAACAUUAUUGACCAUAUAAUUUGCAUAAUUUUUGGCGCCAAAGAAAGACUUCUAAUGUCUUGCAGCUGUAUGCUCACUGUAAUACUUGUAAGGGACAGCAAGUUUUUUUUAUAAUAUUAGUUAUCUUUGUUGUAGGCCCAACAUGGUGAUCCAUGUUUGCGAUGAAAGCAAGAACUGUGAGUUGUUGUUGUUACUCUGUUUUUCCUUUUUGAGUUGUUAUCAAAAUAAAACUUUAAAGUUGAUUUCAAGGGUCCAUGAUGUAGAUUUUGUGCAUUGAAGUGAAAUUUCUCUACACUGUUACUGUAUAAGAGCUUGUUAGUCUAGUACAGUAGCCUGUAAGUAUUUGAUGUAUCUGUAAAAACUCAGGCUGCAUAUGUGCAAUAAGUGUAAAUGUGAGAGAAUUUAAUAACUGCCAAUGGACUUUUUUUAUUAACUUUUGUUAGUGAAACAAGACUUCACCUGUCCAAGGGAUCUGCUGAUUAGUGAGAUGAGAUAUUUUGCUGAAUAUCUGUCAGUUGAGGCACAGAGGUGGGAGGAAGUGGACAUAUCUGUUCACUGUGAUGUGCAAAUAUUUGACUGGUUGAUGAAAUAUGUCAAACGACGAAUUCCUGAUAAGAACAAGAAUGGGGUCGAGGAAAAGAAACCUAAACUUGGUGAGCUUUUUGAUUGUGAAAUUGCUUUGAAUUCUAUUUUGCUACUUUAUUUUAAAGGCUAAUUCAGUUGUUAUUUUUUUAUUUACAUCCAACAGAACCAAACAAUGUCAUAUCCAUCUUAAUAUCAUCAGAUUUCCUGAAGAUGGAUGCACUGGUGAGUGUCAUUAAAACUUUGUUUAGAAUACCUUCAGAAAUUUCAUGACACCAGAGAUGUUGAUCAAGAAUAACAUGGACAGUGUUCCUUGUCCCUUGGGAAAGCCCCUAUAUUCUGACAAUUCAACUUGCUUAAUACGGACACCUGUUAAUGCGAACAACAGACAAUUGUUUCUUACUCAAUCAACAGAUUCUCAUAGAAAGACAACCCAGCUAAUGCGGACACUUCAUUAUCAACUGUGUGCUGUAAUAAGCCUUUCCUUUUUGAAGGUAAAAAACCUUCAGUUGACUGCAUUGCAAUGUUCCCAGCACUACAGUUCACUGGUUCAGACUAUUUUGGUAUCAAACAAGUUAUGCAGAGAACGGUUUUCCAUAAGUAAUGUACAAAUGGGCAACUUGUGAGAGUGUCCAUGGAAUGAUGGCUUUCUGAAGGUUAAAGAUGUUCAACUUUGAUGCUUGUGUUCUGUUCUAUCUGUUUAGUAUUUUUUGUUCAAAUAAAUGACCCAUUUUUGACUUCAGGUUUGACAGAAUUUCUUCUGGUUAGGAUUUUGGCCAGGGAACACCUUGUGAAGCAUGAAUUUUAUUAGCAUACAAUUCUGGACGUACUGACUCGAAAUCAUGAACAUGUAUUCAUGUAUAGCAAAAAUUCUUAAUGUAGUAACUUACUUUAAAAAGGUUCAGUUAUGAUACAUGUAAAUGUUUGCUUCAAGGGCAGAGAAAGAAAUUUAAACAGGUAAUAAUACAAUAUUUUGGAAUACUUCUCUAUGCGGUCUGCAAGUAAUAAAAAUAGUUAUUCCCUAUGUGUAUUUUAAUUAUUAUUGUAUCUGUGUGUUUGUAGGUAACGGAGUGCAUCCACUUUUGUCAUGCAAACAUGUCAGCCAUUGUGGCAACACCCUGUAACAUGAAUUGCAUCAACGAUAAGUUAGUUACAAGGUAUGUGCUAUUUGUUAUCACUUUUCAAAUCAGCAAGAGAACAUUACGAUUUCUUCCUUUUAAGACAAAUUUUCCUGGUGACAGAGUAACAUGAUGGAGAACAUAGGCCACGGUUGCUAUAACCACAAUUUGCUCAGAUGCUUUUAUCUUUUUUAAGUUGCUUCUUCAUUAGAUAUUUUUCUUUCUCUUUGUUUUCAGAAUAGCAAAGCUUUUUAAUCAUAAUGAAUUGGAAGCCGUCAAAGACCGCAAGGACAAGUUUAAGAGGUGAGUUCAUGUCACUAGAUCUUACAAAGAUGAAGAUAAUACAAUUUUAAAUUGUUCACUUAUUUAACUUGAACCUCUUCUCUAUCCAUAAUUCUCGUAGUAUCUGCUACUUCAGGAAAAUGACUCUGUGUUUAUUUUUCUUCAGCAAAUUAUUUUGUAAAAAAAUAGAAGAGUUGUUUGAUCCAAGAUUUUCGUCAACUUCCUCAUCAAAUGCAAGCACAAUGUUCAGGUAAGAGUAAGGUUUUCAGGUGCUUGAAAAAUAUCGAAGCAUUUUUUGGGGGUAAUUCUGAAUAACAUUGUAGUCUGGUUUUCACUAAUAUUUUGUCUUAUUUUCGUGUGCUUAUUAACUUUUGUUACUUUUAAAAAGGUGCAUCGCUUGUGGAAAACUAUUGACUGCCGAUUCACAGAGUAAGCUGCGAUGUGUUGCCAACAGAAUGAUGGUGAAUCACAGAGGAAAAGUUACUUACGUUCAUUCACGGUUAGUGCGGAUCGAGGCCUCUUCAUUUCCUUUUUAAUUUGUAAAAGUUUCAACUUUGAUUCAGAGAGCUCGCGUAGGAGUAACGACAGAUUUGAAAAGAACUGAAUGGAAAAUUAUUCGGAUUAUUAUACGUUUCUGGGAAACUGCCCACCUACCCCUCGCGUAAACCAACAUUUUGCCCUAAGUGAGGAGUAAGUGUUAAUGUUGGCUUAGGGGAGGGGUGGGUGAGCAUUUCCCCGCAACGUAUGAGUUAAAAAGGAAAGAGUUACAUCGUCGAGAAUUUGAAGACGAUAUCAUGAUUUUGAAUCAUAAUUUUCAACUUACAAAACUCAAAAUAACUUUGAGUAUUAGGUUAGUUAAAAAGAAUAGCACCAAAGUGUCAAUUGUAUACUACAAGAAUUACGGACUGUUACGGAUGGUUUAGGUUAGGGAGAUAAACAUGGAUUACUAGUGACAAAUAUAUUUUUUCUCAAGAGGGGUUAACCGUUAUGUACCCUGGGUGCCAGCACAGACUUCAGUAACCGUUUCUGCCUGACCUCCCGCAAAAAAUAAAAACCUUUCGUUCCAAGGGUAACCGUAAUGUAGAUAAUUAACUUAAGUACGAUCUCUUUCGAUCACAUUUGAAAUACUGAAAAUCUUUAAGGUCAAAGUUAUCGUAAAGUUUGAUUUUGUUGUGUGUGCUGUGCAGAGAAAAUAAACAUUAAGAGGGUCGUGUUGGAGCUCUACUGCAUAGAAAAAUAAUCUGAUUAGGUGUUUAAUGAGCUGAUCGUACGCAUACGAGUAUAAUUUUAGGGUAUGUUCAUACGAUACAGGAUAGGUUUUCGUGUCGAAACGAAAAACUACCCGGUAUAGUAUGACGAAUUUAAUACAUGUAACAGUGAAUUAAACGUAUUCGCCUGAAUUUCACCCGUUUCCUCGGCUCGCCUAGUGACUUAGCGAGCUCAAAAAAAAUUGUGUUUAUUUCCAGAGAUCACACUUGGGAUGUGAAUGAGUACCUUGUUGGUUUACGAGAAGACGUUAAGUCGUGGAAAGAAGUUUACUGGAGGUGAGAGAAUUUUUCGAUUCUACAAAUCUCAGUCGCGUAAGCCCCGAGAUAAAAAAAAAUUGCCUUUAUUUAGGUCUUUGCCUAGAACCAAGUAAAGAAUAGCCUGCGAACAGCAGACGCAUUUCCAGUCGUCGCUUCUCUCCGUCCGAAAAAUAGCACACUAUUUUUCGGAGGGAUAGAAGCGACGACCCGGAAUGCGUCUGCUGUUCGCAGGCUAAGUAAAGAACGUUUGACGUAUAAAUUUACAGCGAGAGUGUGUGGUGUGUCACAACAUUGAUAACCGUAAAACCAAAUCGACCGAAUAAAGAAGGCCAGCAGGCAGUUUUGUUGAAAUUCCUAUUAUAACUCCUACUUUAUUGCUUUGAAUUGAUUUCUCAUUUUGAAGAUUGUGGGGUGCUAUAAACAUUCUCUACUGCCAUCGUUGCGGUAACUUCUUCCAGUGCAGUGAGCUAGGCCACUGCAGUUAUCAUCCAAUGACUGUAGACUUCGGUAAUAUGGAGUGUACGUCGACCAAGAUAGUUGGAGUGUAUCCCUGCUGUCAACAGCGAGUCCUGCAUUUUGAUCCAUCUUUGGAGACUUCUGUAAGUUAAUCUUCUUUUAUUUCUCCAAUACGCAGCUUUUUUAUCCCCUUCGCAAAAUGUUCGAGGAAAUAAUGUGAAACGUUUUGUGCCCUGCGCCAUGGCAGCCAGCGCCUAUCACUCCCUCUUUGACCCUCUCGCGCACUGUUUUGACGCUUGCUUUCAGUUCAUGUUUUUCACCUGUUCAAAUCUCUGAUAGUAACUUUUAUAUCUGUGGAAAUUCUUACUCACAUCGUUGCACUAAUUCUUAACAAAUACUGUAAAGGAUCUACAGUAAUAGACGCCCGGGGUGUCUAUUAAAUUUAAGGAAUAGGUAGGAGGCGUUUAAAAGAGAGAGACGUUUUUUCUCACAACUAUAACAAACUCAACAAAACCCGUGAUUUCAGCGAAUAUAUCAUCACAGUUUACAAAUAGCAAACUAUCCAGUCCAUUCCUCUAUGGCGUUUAGAGAUUCAUAUCGCCUUUUAAAAUCUCAAUUUGAUGUCAGUGUCCUUUCUUUAAACUGGCUUGACAUUGAACAAAAUGCAAUGCGCAAACUCUUUUUAAUCAAGCAAGAAAGUGAAUAAAUUUGCUCCAUUCCAUUAUUCCCUAGUAUUAUUUAGCCAUUGUUAUGUGGGGCAUCUAUUAGAGAGGGGCGUCUGAUACAACCCUAAGAACUUAGUGGAGGCGUUCGUUAGACAACGGGCGUUUAUUUGAGAGUGUGCAUCUGUUAGAUCGAUCCUUCAGUGCAUUAUUUUGAGCUUGAGACCGCCUCUGUUCAAUGCAAUGUGUGUGUAUUCAAAGUCAUGCAGCCAUUUCUAAGCAACAACCUCUGAAUGUUGAUGUUGAUAAAAUCAAUUAUUUAUCUUGCCAUCAGGGAUGCUGUGUACGAGAUCACAAGCCAACCUUGAGUUCACCUCAGUCGACAACAACAACAACAACAACAACAACAACAACAACAACAACAACAACGGGAACAACAGAAAAUAAGGAGAGCCUAGCUGAUGAAAACAUUGAUAAAGAAACUUUCAGCGAAAACAAGGAACAACAAUGCGACCAAGACAAGUCUCAAGGAGAAGGUUUCAAAAGCGAAAAUUAAUUCAUUUUACUUAAUCUUACUUAGAGCUGUCUUAUAGUAAACUUGGGCAAAUCAUGAAGUUGCCACUAAAUGUAAUUUCUCCGAGAAGUAACUGUUUUUAAGAUUCUUUGUUCUUUUUUGUGCGUACAUUAAUCUACUUAUAAAACUCAUGCAACGCUAUCGUGGCGAAUGAGGCGUUUGUGGUUCACUCUUGUCCUCGUCAUUGUUGUAGACUUUUCAGACAAAAAGUUUUUGUUUAGGAUCCCAUUAUGCCGGUGCAUGCCUAUAAAUUGACCAAACGGGUUGGUUUUGUAAGACUAAAAUUUCGUGCGACAAAUGAGUAGUAGUUCAAGAUACGUUUUAACCGUAUGUGUUUUCCGUAUUAUUAGUAGAGGUAAUAGCACGAUUUGUAGUGAUAUUUGGCAUAAAUACCACGAGUGAUAUUUCGAGAUUGUUAUACAUUGUUAUAAAUAGUCAACUGCUUUUUUGACGUUCUAGUUACCGUGUCUCUCGUCGUUGCUUAAACUCCCCAAUAAAAGAAAAGGAUUGCCCGUCCCCCAAUCAGUCCCAUAAUACAGUUCGUCACAGCCCAGCAGCAACAGCAACCUUAAUGGACAAUGGCCUCUUGGUUUCUCUUUUCAGGGACGUCAUUCAAGGAAGGAAAAAACCACACCUUGGAUGGAGAUGCUACUGAUAAUGCCCCAGGGCAACCUUCUCAUCAUGCGACGCCUGUUGUAAAGUUACCAACCAAUAAAACAUCAGAGGAAACGAAAGUUACCAAUGACCCCGCUAUAGUGGAGGACUUGUUUACACACAGGAAUGUUAUAUGUGUGCCGUAUCGCAGAUUGUCAAGUACCAGGUGAUGACUAAGUUAGAUACCGUAAAUGAGAUGUGCAAGAUACUGUUCGGAUUUUAAAAAAAAUACCACUGUAAUGUAAUGUGUAUGCCACAAACGGUUGCUUUUGCCAUUUUAUCAUAUUUUACAGGAACAAAAGAGAACAUGGUAUUGGUCUAGUCAUGCUAGUAGUAAAUAGUUUUAUAGUCAAUAUUUAUUGGCCACCUGUGCGUUUGACUUGAUCAAAUUUUUACAUAUUCCUUCUCUCCACUAAUACAGUUAGGAAGAAUAAAUGCGGAUUUAAACUGAAGUGUCUUCCUCUGAUAUGUAAUUCAGGUUUAGAGUGACAGUUGGAUCUCAACAACAACGACAUUCUAUUUUAAAUUGUUCGCGGCCGGUAUACCUGGGGCACAAGGUCUUGAUAAAAAUAAAACGUAUGACUCUCUUGUAUUAUUUUCGUUUUGUUUUGUGCUGUCGUUGUUUACAAUUUCAUUUUAUCGUUUGAAGGUCGGCAGAGUUGAACGUGUUUGGUGUGGAGGAAAUGGCGCUUGCCAAUAUGCAGAUCAAAAAUCUUGAGGUAAAAAACAGUACAUUUAAACAUGGGCAAAUAUAAAAUUACAUCAAACGUGAAACUUUGAAAACUCUCUAUUUAUCUCUCUUUAUUUAUUUUUUUACAGGUAAAUACGAGCGCUCUUUCCGACAUGAUUGACCCAAGUGAAAGGAAAGUCUCUGAAUUUCCAACGGUAGGAGAAAAUUGUGCCAGAACUAAUAGAGUAGUUUGCUGAUGUGGUUACAUUGCAUGGCAACCAAAAACUUCCCUGAUAAAUCCCAUCAUAUGGAGUGAUUUCACGUAACCCGUGAAACAGUAUCUAACAAUUACUGCCAAAUAGUUACAAGAAAACAAAACAAAACAAUGAAAUUAGAGUGAAUUAAUACUGCGUAUUCACGGGAUAAGGAAAAUCAAUCAGUAGAGCGCUUGGCUGCAGAGCGUGAGGUCGAGGGUUCGAUUCUCGGGGCCGGACCAUUACUCAGCGUCUUAAAAAUGACUGAGUAAUGAAGGUACUGCCUUUGCCCUGCAAAUGGCUUGACCUUCGCGUGGCUCGGAUGACCACGUAAAAUGGUGUUCCCGUCUCCGGCAGGAGACAUAAAAAAAGUGUCCCCAAUUAGUACUUUCAUGAUAAAUACAUUGACACUCAAAUAAGUGCAUUUUUUCUGCAAGAUAAUAUUCUGUGAACAAUUAAGUAAAAUCAGUAUAUUUCAAAGAAAGUGUGGGUCGCAAUAGGAAGUGACAAACUUCUCCCUGAACUGAGUUAUCCAUUUACACUUUAGACAUGUAUCACCUAAAGCCCAUUUCUAAAUAAAUUCCUUGCGUUCUAAUAGUUGUUUUAAAUAGAUUUUGAAAGUGUUUGUAAAAAUAGAGGUCUCUGUCUCUUUUGGGUUUCUUGCUCUAUACUCUGUUUUCUUUUUCCCAGUGAGACACCUGUCCACAGACAUCGAUAAAAUUAUCUCUUGUCCCCUUUUUCCAGUACUUGCCAUCCAUAAGAAGAAGUCGCAGUCGAGGCCUUCACCGUAACUCCCUGAGGAAGAUGAAGCUACAGACUACCGCAGCUAACAAGGAGGAUGAGUAUGACUUGGGAGAAGAUGAGGAUCAACCCGAGUCUGAGGACAAUGAUAGUAAGUUUCGCCCGACAUAGAGCGGUUUUCACUUGAGUGUCGAAAAGUAAUUGGUUUUGCACUUUCUACACGAUGCGAUUGGCUUAAAAGAUUCGCGCCACCUUUUCAUCCAAUCAGAAGUAAAACCAAAGCCAAUUGUGACGCGCUCGCAUGCAUUUUCCCGCGCUUUGCGUCAGCCACAUGUAAUUACUUCGAGUUUUGAUUGGUUCAAUGUAUUGUCUGUGUCCUAUGUGAUUGGCCAGAGUAAUUACUUUGGUUUUGGUUUUACGACACUCAAACGAAAACCACUCUAUUAAUAUUUUAAAACAAUUAAUCCCAUCACUUAACCUGACUUUCAUCCUCACUUGCACUUCCGAACCAUGUUAGAGAAUUGAAGGCAUUGAAUAGCCUCAAAGUGUUUUGUGGAUGGACCACCCUUAUAAUUAGGUAACACAAGAUAUUUAUAGUGAACAUGAUAGAGUAUCUAAACAUAAGAAAUAGAUGUACAAAUUUGAAAUCAUUGUAAUACAGUUUUUUAUUUAUUUAUGAGCACUUUAGUUUCUUAAACUAGAUUAGAUAGACUAGAUAGUUACACUGUUGAUUUGGAAACCAUUUUCACGUUGAAAUUAAAGGUUACCAUGUUUAAAUAAAGUUCAUUCGUUCGUUCGUUCUUCGCCCGCCCGUCCGUCCGUCCGUCCGCCCUUCUGUCGAUAAGUGAUGCAGUACUAACAACACUAUUCUCUCAAUACCAUCCUCACUGAACUGGAAUCACAGACUGUUAUUACUAUAGUAACAGGCUGCAAUUACGCAGUUCGUUCGAACGAUCUCGAUCCCAGACCCUCUCUCCUUUUGAAAGUUUGUGGUGUUAUUUGCCCCUGCAAAAUCUGCUACAUGCGUUUCUCAAGAUCCGUUCAAUCGACUCUGACUGUCCCUUACAAUCUCACUAUAAGGGCUCUGAUGUAAUUUUUCUAAGUCUGUGUAGCUGAUUUGGAUGUACAUUGUACAUGUAGCGGGUCGUUCUUGCACCACGUCAGAUUUUACAGUUUUAUGUUUAUGUAAAAGAUUUCCUCCCGGUUGCUUUGUGUAAAAAGUAAGCACCCCUUUUCUCCAGUUACCAAUCUUCUAAUUUUUUUGCGGACCAGUAUCAAGUUAGCUUCUACCUUUCAUUACAGCUACUAUAACAAACCCUUGCGGGAUCACAAGUGAGUGAGUGAAGGAGUCGGGCUAUUUGUAGGUUCUUCGUAUAUUGUUAUAGGUGUUUGGUAGGGCAAGGUUAUCAGUACUUCUGUUUAACAAUUUGGUGAAAUGUCUCUUUCAGUCACAUUACGGGAAAAACCCCGACCACCUCGAAAAAUAACCUCCGCCUCCAGAAAAGAGUAAGGACAUUAUAAAUUAUUUAAUGCAAAUGUGUUAAUUUUUCAUUUAGUCUAACUGCUAAGAAAAUUUAGAAAUGCGUUGAAAUGUUGUUCAUUUUCUUUUAGUUUCAGUACGUUUAAAAGCUAUAAAUGGGAUUCACAGCGAUCUGCUCGGUGGAACCAAGAUGCACAGCGAGAGGAAGGUAACCCUAAACAGGGGUGGGGUAGCCGAUAAAAAUGCCGCUGAUCCCUCAAACCCCAGGGGAAAAUUUCCAACUCCUGAAGUUAAAGUAACUGAGCAUCAAUACCCUCACCCUUUUCAGUUUUGCUUACCAAAUGUAACGAGCUUUAACUGUUUCUUGUUGUUCGUAACUGUUCACUUAUCCAUGUUUUCCUUUAUCUUUUGUCAAGAUCAAAAGCGCAUGUCAGAGUUGGUGUCUUAUUUAUCGCGACAGCGGACGUACACCCCACCAGACAAAACUGAGAAUAAACAAAAAACUAAGGAGGUAAGGCUUUGUUCUGCCACGAUGUUUGCAUUUGUCUUCUGUUGACCAAAAAGGAAAAACCCUGGGCCGUGCUGUUCAAAGCUGGGUCAAGAUAACCCAGGGUUAGUACAAAAUUUGAAUUCAGAAAUAAAAGCUUUAAAAGCAAAUUCAGAUUAAUUCUUUUUACCUACAAUUGGAUGAUUGGAUGCUCUAAAAGGAAUAGAGCAAAAUAUCCGAGAAAAAUGCGUUUGAACAAGACGAAAAGAAACGCAGAUUAAAGGGCUGAUCGGCCUACCAACAACUGGGUCCAGUGCCAGAGACUUUUGAUGCGUUGUUUCAGCUGGCGCCGCUUGUGACUUCGGGCAUUCGGCCGAAGAUCUGUCGGCCUGCAGUCGCCGAAGUAUUCAGCCGUACGCAAGAAAAGAAAACCUCUGCUACCCAUGGGAAAAAUGGAUGCAAUGGGUGAAAUGGCUAGAACUGACGUCUUUCGUGGCUAAGAUUUGGGUCAAGGAUGAAAAUAAUGACCGCGAUAUUCAAUUUGCACACAGUUCCAAAAAAACAAAGAAACAAAUAAAUAAAUAAAUCCAAAAAAACAACCAAAUCCCCUUCGGUAAAUUACUUCCAGGAGUACUAAAGAGCGCUGUUUUCUUUUUGUCUUAGUACCUAGGAGGAAUUUUUUCCAAGCUAGAACACCAGUUUCGGGCAUCACAGCAGCCAGUUGUUUCUAAGGCGCAGUCAGGCAGUCAACAAACAGGUCCUAGGUAAUGUGAACACUGAACUCAAUACCUCCCAUGUCUUACAUCCCUUUACAAAAACGGGAAUGACUGACAUCUCAGCCUUUCCCCUCCUUGCUUAUUUCACCUUAGUUCCAUUUCGGGUCGGUCGUCGCGUGGUGUGAUGGAAUUUGACUCUAGUACGUCACUAAAAUAAACUGUCCGUGACGGCCUAGGAGGAAAGCCGGUAACAUGAGUAUCAUUAGAUUAGAGACACCUUCCCCUUCACAACACGCUUGUGAACCUUGUACAUGCAAUAUCAAACACUCGUUACAUAGGCAUAGCCGAGCGGAGACCACAGAAUAUAUUUUAUGUACCUUUAAUUCUACUACUUGAUUUUUUUCAACCUUAUUAUGAUUGCUUUGCGGUUUUUUUCCACAGUCAAAGAGUUCGAAAAAUUCCUCUGAAGAUUUCCAGCUGA